AUGGCACCAAAAAGUCGUCAAAGCUUCCAACUGUCGGCGUUACCAGUAGCCAUGUUUGCACAUUUGGUAGCCAUAGCUGUGAUGGCUCUUCUUCUUGUUUGGCUCCUGCACUUCCGGGACGGUGCACCCAUUGUUAAUGGUGAUUGGGUUUAUCUUAAUAGCAGGGGAAGCUAUAAUGGCAUACAAGACUGUACCAGCAACAAGAAAGUUUUCAAGUUUCACAAUGAGCUGGGAAUUCCAGAUAUGUACACCUUGCAUUCCUGGCUGGGAUUGUCCACCAUCUGCCUGUUUGGUUUGCAGUUGCUCUUCGCAUUCUUCGCUUUCUUGUUCCCGGGUGCAGAAUGGUCGACAAGAGCUCGGCUCGCUCCGUGGCAUGUGUUUUUCGGCAUUGUCAUAUUCUUCAUGGCAAUUUUGUCUGCCGAGACCGGCUUGGUGGAGAAAUUUAUUUUCUUAAAGCUACAACGUGGUCAAGAAGCCCUAAUUGUGAACUUCACCGGACUGUUAAUACUUCUGUUUGGAAUAUCCGUUGGCCUUACUGUUCUCCUUCCACAACGUUAUUAA